UCUUCUAUACUGCUUAUCCUUUUCAGGGUCACAGGAAUCCUGGAGCCUAUCCCAGGAAGCAUGGGGCACAAGGCAGGGUACACCCUGGACAGGGUGCCAAUCCAUCGCAGGGCACACUCACUCACACAUUCACACACUACGGACACUUUAGACAUGCCAAUCAGCCUACCGUGCAUGUCUUUGGACUGGGGGAGGAAACCGGAGUACCCGGAGGAAACCCCGGCAGCACAGGGAGAACAUGCAAACUCCGCACACACAGGGCCACGGUGGGAAUCAAACCCCCGACCCUGGAGGUGUGAGGCGAACGUGCUAACCACUAAGCCACCGUGCAGCCAUUAUUAUUAUUAUUGUUCUUGUUGUUGUUAUUUUCUGUACCGCGGAUCCUACACAGGGUCGUGGGAGGUCUGGAGCUUAUCCCAGGGGACACCAACCCAUCGCAGAGCACAAUCACACAUACAUUCAAACACUACAGACAAUUUGGAAAUGCCAAUCAGCCUACAACACAGGUCUUUGGACUGGGGAAGGAAACCAGAGUACCCGGAGGAAACUCCAUGCGCACAGGGCAGAGACCCCAGAGGUGUGAGGCAAAUGUACUAAGCACUAAACCACCGUCAUGGUGAUGAUGAUGAUGAUGACGAUGUUGUUAAAUAAUUCGUUGUUGUUGUUGUUUGAAUAUAGCCUACAUGAAGUUUAUUUUAUCCAAAGAUGAAUACGGCUUGUCAUUAAAAUACACAGCGUCAGCGUUUACAUCCUAAAUCAUGUGAUAGCCGUGUAACAUGUCGUGUUCAGGCUCAUUUCUUUCUUUUGAGAUGAAAUGAAAAGUCAUUUGUUAAGGCUGGGUUUGUUUGUUUUUUUUGUCCCCUUGUAGUUUAUACAUAAGCUUAUGUGUCCUUUUUUUUAUUUAUUUAUUUUUAAACAGUUCUCUGCUUUCUUAAGUUAGAAAAACAAAUGACAACCUAUAACUCAACGGAAUUCAUUUCGUCAUUUAAAAAGAUUAUUUACAAAAAAAAAAUCAGAUAAUGAUAUACAGAGUUCUGUAUAUUUAGAGCUAUGUUGGGAAAAGUAGAUCAAUUCAAUCGGGGAAAAUGUUAUAGUUAAAGUUUGGAAAGAAAUCUAAAGUUAAUAAAAGAGUAAAGUUAUUAUUAUUAUUAUUAUUUUAAUUAUUAUUAUUAUUAUUAUUGAUUUUUUUUUCCUUCGUUGUGGUUAAAGGAAGAAGAAUGGCAGUGUGUGUGCGCGUGUGUGAGUGUGCGCGUGUGUGUGUGUGUGUGCGCGCGCGUGUGUGUGUGUCGGCGCGCGCCGGCGGGUUUUAAAGCUCGCGUGAGAACUUGGUGAUGUCAGAGCGGCUCGGGUCAUUUGAAGGUUAGCAGCCUGGGAAGGGUUCGUGGAGAGUUCACUCGCAUACAUUAAGCAAUCCAAUCUUUCACUCCGCGCGACAAGAAAGAAAAAAAAAAGAAAGAAAGAAAGAAAGAAAGAAAUAAUCGAGUAGGAAAUGAGCUGCGCGGAGGCAGGAGAAGCCAUUCGUCAUCGAGCGGGGGAGAGAUGCGGUUUUAAACUAGAUCUGCUUAUGUUUAUAAAAUAUAUCUCUCUCUGAUCGGAAAGCGGACAGUCCGAGAGAGAGAGAGAGAGAGAGAGAGAGAGAGAGAGAGAGAGAGAGAGAGAGAUCAGGCAAUCACUUACAUUACAUCUGUUGCAUUUUCCUGAAGAAGAAGAAGAAGAAGGAAGAUGAGGAUGAUGAUGAGGAGGAGGAGGAGAAGUGAAAAUGAGAGCACUGUUUGAACAGCACCGUCGCUCCUAAUUCGUGACCAAAACAAAGUGAGAGAACAAAGCUGAGCUGAAACUGGAUCUGAAGCGCACUCCGGUUCAAUGGAGUUUCUGGACGCGCUUUUGCAAGACGCAAAACAUUCGCAGCGCUGAAGGAGAGGAAGAAAAACAAAACAAAACAAACAAACAAACAAAACAAAACAAAACUACCAGGGGAAAGCACAAGAAGCUUGAAGGUGCAUGUCCACCAUGUUCGACUGCAUGGAUGUGCUGAGUCCGGGGCAGAUGUUGGAUCUGUGCAGCGCCAGUCCGGCGUGUAUGCUGCAGGAGAAGGCGCUCAAAGCGUGUUUCAGCGGAAUCGCACACACAGACUGGCGGCUCCGGCGCAGCGCGCACUCCAUCGAGACACAAAGCAGUAGCUCUGAGGAACUGGUGCCGAGCCCGCCCUCGCCUCUGCCCCCUCCACGCGUCUACAAGCCCUGCUUUGUGUGCCAGGACAAAUCCUCUGGGUACCACUAUGGUGUCAGCGCCUGCGAGGGGUGCAAGGGUUUCUUCCGCAGGAGCAUCCAGAAGAACAUGGUGUACACAUGUCACAGGGACAAGAACUGCAUUAUCAACAAGGUGACAAGGAACCGCUGCCAGUACUGCCGUCUGCAGAAGUGCUUUGCUGUUGGAAUGUCUAAAGAGUCUGUGCGGAACGACAGGAAUAAAAAGAAGAAGGAUAGUCCAAAGCCGGAGCUGACAGAAACCUACGAGCUCACAGCUGAGCUGGAGACCAUCAUUGAAAAGAUCCGGAGGGCUCACCAGGAGACGUUCCCAUCCCUCUGCCAGCUGGGCAAAUACACCACGAACUCGAGUGCUGACCACCGUGUGCGUCUGGAUCUGGGUCUGUGGGAUAAGUUCAGUGAGCUGGCCACCAAGUGCAUUAUCAAAAUCGUGGAGUUUGCGAAACGGGUGCCGGGAUUCACUGGACUCACUAUCGCUGACCAGAUCACUCUGCUCAAAGCCGCCUGCCUGGACAUACUGAUUCUGCGUAUCUGUACACGGUACACACCGGAUCAGGACACCAUGACCUUCUCAGAUGGUUUGACGCUAAACCGGACGCAGAUGCACAACGCCGGAUUCGGGCCGCUCACAGACCUGGUGUUCACCUUCGCCAACCAGCUCCUUCCCAUCGAAAUGGACGACACGGAGACAGGCCUGCUCUCGGCCAUCUGCCUCAUCUCCGGAGAUCGUCAGGAUCUGGAGGAGCCGUCCAAGGUGGACCAGCUCCAGGAGCCUCUUCUGGAAGCGCUGAAGAUCUACGUGAGAAAGCGCAGGCCCAGCAAGCCCCACAUGUUCCCCAAGACCCUUAUGAAGAUCACGGAUCUCCGCAGCAUCAGCGCCAAAGGUGCCGAGCGUGUCAUCUCUCUAAAGAUGGAGAUCCCUGGUUCCAUGCCUCCUCUCAUUCAGGAGAUGCUGGAGAACUCCGAGGGCCAGGAUGGACAGAGCUCUUUGGAAAAGAGCAGCGCGGAAGAAAACGGCAGCUCCGUCGAUCUGAAGUCUGCCACGUCGCCCUCUCCAGAACCCACUUCCUCUUCCAGCGAGGAACCGUAGAAGCAGAGUAGCGAGAACCUCGUGUCUCUUUUAUUGUGCAGACGACAAGACAUCAAUGCUACCUUAUCCGCGGUGUAAAAUAACAAUUUCUUUUUUUAAAAGAAUUCAUCCCCCCUUUCUUCACGUACGACUACAAGAACACUAGAAACAAGCACGGUCGUCACGGAUGAAAAUGUGCUUUGCAUUGCGCUUAAAAACAAUCGAGCAUUCGAAACCAUGGAACGUCCGACACGCACAGCCUGCAGCGCACUCCAGCGCGUUACUGAAUGCCUAACACGGAGGUGAAACUCCUCAGGUCUGCUCUGUAUAUUUUUGCUAAACCUGCAUGACAAGAAUCUUCGUUCGCCCCCAGAUCCCUCUCUCUCUCUCUCUCUCUCUCUCUCUAAAUGUCUCUCUGCCAUCGUUCAUGUCGGCGUGCAUUGUACAUAUCAUUGUAUGAAUAGCCCUCUGUAUGAUACACUUUGUGCUGCUUCUUUUUUUUUUUUUACAGUCUUAAUAUCAUCGUUUGAGGCGAAACAUUAAGUUUAAAGACGAACAGCUGACCUUUGACCAUUAGGGGGCACUAUAAAGAGCAGCUCGAGCUCAGAAUGGACAUUCCCAAACUGGACUUUUGGGGACCUUCAGCUCAGUAGUCACUCUAAUGGACAAUAAACUCAGCUGUGCAUCUUUAAACGAGGCUCUUCAUAUAAAUUCCUUUCAAAUACAGCUAUAUAGAAUGUUCUGGCAUAAAGACAAUAUGGCAGUCAAAUAUUUUCUAUAUUCGUGUAUUUAACCCUGUUUUGUUUCUGUAUCUUCGUUUGUUUCAUACCAGGAAAACACACACACACACACACACACACACACACUCAGUCUAUAACUAGCUAAUGACUAACUGUCAUUACCUUUCAUUAGUAAUAGAGGAAGUCCAUAAGAGCAGCAUUUCGGCUCCAAACCUGAGUAUAAGUACAAGUUGAUUUGCUGUCUGUAUUUCUGCUGUGAUUUGCAGGUCUUAUUGAAUUGAUAUUCACGCAUUCACCGUCAUGAACACUUUAUCCGUGUCAUGGUGGCGGUGAAUCCGGUGUCUAUCCCAGGAACGCGGGAAUGAGGCGGGAAUACAGCCUGAACGGGACACCGGAGCACCAUGCUUACACAUUCACACCCAGGGGCAAUGCCGCGUAGCUAAUCAACCCACUAGCAUGUUUUUUAGGAGGUUGGAGAAAACUGGAGUAUCCAGAUGAAACCCUCACAGACACGGGGAGAACACGCACAACUUUACAACCUGAGCUCAGGAUCAAAAUCGGGGAUUUGGGAAGGAAAUAAAUAAAAGUAGCAAAUAAAAGUGUCGAUGUGGAAUUUACACCUGAACAGUGCAGAAAAAAAAAAAAAAAAAAAAACUUCACUCUUUUAUUCCAGUUAAUUUUUUUUUUUUUUUUUUUUUUAAACCUGUAAAGCGGAUGAUUUUCCUCACAUGAUGCAUGAUUCUGACACGACAGUGGCACUUCAAAUCGACUUCCAACUUCAAACGAGCUCCUGAAGCAUUUAUAUGAAACUGCAAAUGUGUAAGACAGAGAAACUAUGAGCGCAGCUUCUGAUCCUUUGGGGAAUCUGGAAACUUGGUCAGGUGGUAAAGGUCAGGUGGAAAAGGUCAGGUGGUAAAGGUCACUCCUACUAGAGAGUGGAGUCAAAGAUUUUUCACUUGCACCGACUUUAAUCGACUUUACGUUACAGUGUUAAAGGGUUGGGGUUGUUUCUUCCCCCAGUCGCAGGACGCCUGUCCGUUCCCUCUCUCUCGUCCGCCUCUGUGCUCUCACACACAGGAAAAGUGCAUUAGUGGAGUUUUUUUAUUCACAGCUCAUGAAUGUUUUUUUUUCCUCCUCAUGCCUCAGAAGCUUCGGCUCCACGCAGCAAAACUAAACAAAUCUACAUCUAUAAAGGACUGGGUUUAUUCUCGCAUUUACUGAUGGUGACGGUGAUGAUGGUGAUGGCGAUGGUCAGUAUGGAGGCAACAUGUGAUGUUGUGAAAGUUUCCCAGGUUCUGGAAAGGUGGUAGGUUUAUUCAGCUUGUGGUCUUUCAGAUCAUCACGACUGAAUGUCAUGUUUUGGUUGUAACACUGAAUGUAUUACACACGCUGUACCAAGCGCAGACAGAGAGGCUUGUGUGUUCCUUCAGCUCCGAGUAAUCUGAGGACCUGUAAGUUCUGUUGCGACUCAACUACAUGGAACUACAUUCAGAAACAAAACCUCCAAAAACUCCAGUCAGUGCUCACAGUUCACUCGCACCGCUCUUUUCUCUCUCUCUCUCUCUCUCGUCUCUCUCUUUUUCUGUCUCUCUCUCUCUCUCUUUCUGUCUCUGUCACUCUCUUUUUGUCUCUGUCUCUCUCUCGUCUCUCUCUCUUGUCUCUCUCUCUCACUCUUUUUCUGUCUGUCUCUCUUGUCUCUCUCUUUGUCUCUGUCACUCUUUUUGUUUCUGUCUCUCAUUUCUCUCUCUCUUUCUCUCUGUCUCUCUCUCUUGUCUCUCUCCUUCUCAGUCUCUCACUCUCUUUCUGUCUGUCUCUUUUUUUGUCUCUGUUUCUGUCUCUCUCUCUCUCUUGUCUCUCUCUCUGUCUCUCUCUUUUUCUGUCUCUCUCGUCUCUCUCUUUCUGUCUCUGUCACUCUCUUUUUCUGUCUCUCUCUCUCGUCACUCUCUUUUUGUCUGUCUCUCUCUCGUCUCUCUCUUGUCUCUCUCUGUCUGUCACUCUUUUUUUGUCUCUGUCUCUCUCGUCUCUCUCUUGUUUUUCUCUCUUUCUGUCUGUCACUCUUUUUCUGUCUCUCUUGUCUCUCUUUUUGUUUCUGUCUCUCAUUUCUCUCUCUCUUUCUCUCUCUUGUCUCUCUCUCCUUCUCAGUCUCUCUCUUUCUGUCUGUCUUUUUUUGUCUCUGUUUCUGUCUCUCUCUCUUCUCUCUCUCUCUCUCUCUCCAGAACAAAUUUAUCUUCAACACGUAGUUUUCAGGUACAGUGUUGAGGCACGCUCACGUUUUCCUCUAAGCUCGAGCAGCUGGACUGAACAGAGUCUUUAAUGGACUGAUCCUGUUACAGUUGAGGAAAAGUUUAAGGAAGAAAAAAACAUACGAACCCUACCCUAAAAAGAAAUGUGAAGUGAAGUUCUGCUGAAUUUCACACCGUCCCAUUGCGCAGCGCAUCAGUUCGGAGUCAAAGAAAUAUCACGUGUACAUGGCACGUACGCCUGACCCCCCAUUCCCCACGGUCAUGUUCUAGGAAUGUUUUGCUUGACUAAAUGAACCCUGGAGGACUUGUGGAUCGGAGCAGCACGACUGGAAGACCUGAACGAUAAACCUGUUGCGCUUCUGACUCGCUCAGGCCUCCACAGAAGCAGCACCUUUACCAGAACCUUUACUGGUUUUUGUUCAUUUUCUUUCUCUUUUUUUUUUUUUUUUUGCUGGUCCAUGCCCUGUUUGUACAUUAACACCGCUUUGUAUGUUGAUAUGCUGUUUACCAUGAACUCUCGUGGUGAAAUAAUGAAAAUAUAUUUAUUUUAAAAUAAAGAUGUGCGGAGAUAUUUGGACAA